GAGCGGCAGAGCGCCGAGCGCCGAGCCGAGCCGAGCCGAGCUGGACAGGCUGCAGGAGCCCUUCGCCGCCGGCCCCCGCACAGCCAGAUUCCUUAGAAAGAGAGCUUGGACGGCAUGCAAAGUUGUGAAACAUCUUCAGACAGCACUGAUGAUCCUCUUAGUAGUGGCCUACGGAGAAAACGACAGCCUCGAAUAGUAGUUAUUGGUGCUGGACUUGCAGGCCUGUCAGCUACAAAAUCUCUCCUGGAAAACGGUUUCACGGAUGUAACAAUCCUUGAGGCGUCUGACCGAAUUGGAGGCAGAGUGCAAAGCGUCAAACUUGAGAACGCCACUUUUGAACUGGGAGCUACGUGGAUCCAUGGUUCAAAUGGAAACCCAGUCUAUCAUCUAGCAGAAGACAAUGGCUUACUUGAAGAGACCACUGAUGGUGAGAGAAGCAUUGGCCGUAUCAGUCUUUACUCCAAGAAUGGGGUGGCUUAUCACCUUACCAACAAUGGGCAGAGGAUUCCGAAAGAUGUGGUUGAAGAAUUCAGUGAUUUAUACAACGAGGUCUAUAACCUGACUCAGGAGUUCUUUCAACGUGGUAAACCAGUCAAUGCUGAGAGCCAGAAUAGUGUGGGCGUCUUCACACGGGAUGUGGUGCGCAAACGCAUCAAAGCCGAUCCAGAUGACUCGGAGACCACCAGGAGGCUAAAACUAGCCAUGAUCCAGCAAUAUCUUAAGGUGGAGAGCUGUGAGAGUAGCUCCCAUAGCAUGGACGAGGUCUCGCUCAGUGAAUUUGGAGAAUGGACUGAAAUCCCUGGGGCCCAUCACGUCAUUCCUUGUGGCUUUAUCAAGAUUGUGGAGAUCCUGGCCCAUUCCAUUCCAGAGUCGGUCAUCCAGCUCCGCAAGCCAGUCAAGUGCAUCCACUGGAACCAGUCGGUCAGCAAGGAGAUUGAGCGUGUGGCCGACCACAACAGCGACCGCCCCGAGGAGGACCAGGGCUACCAUGUCUUUGUGGAGUGUGAGGACUGUGAGUUCAUCCUCGCCGACCACGUCAUCGUGACCGUAUCGCUGGGGGUCCUGAAGAAGUACCAUGAAAGCCUGUUCCACCCUGGCCUGCCUGAGGAGAAGGUGAUGGCCAUUCAGAAACUGGGCAUUAGCACCACCGACAAAAUCUUCCUGGAGUUUGAAGAGCCCUUCUGGAGUCCUGAAUGCAACAGCAUCCAGUUCGUCUGGGAGGAUGAGGCAGAGAGUGAGAGUUUGACUUACCCUGAGGAGUUGUGGUACAAGAAGAUCUGCAGCUUUGAUGUCCUAUACCCACCGGAGCGGUAUGGCUAUGUGCUGAGUGGCUGGAUCUGCGGGGAGGAGGCUUUGAUCAUGGAGAAGUACGACGAUGAAACUGUGGCAGAAACGUGCACUGAGAUGCUGCGUAAAUUUACAGGGAAUCCAAACAUUCCGAAACCUCGCCGCAUCCUGCGGUCCUCCUGGGGCAGCAAUCCCAACUUCCGAGGAUCCUAUUCUUACACCCAGGUCGGGUCUAGCGGGGCUGAUGUGGAGAAGCUUGCCAAGCCACUGCCUUAUACGGAAAGCUCCAAGACGGUUCCUAUGCAGGUGAUGUUUUCGGGGGAGGCCACUCAUAGGAAGUAUUAUUCCACUACCCAUGGUGCUUUGCUUUCCGGCCAGAGAGAGGCUGCUCACCUCAUUGAAAUGUACCAAGACCUCUUACAAUGCAGGAACUGAAAGGCUUAAUGUUUGAGAAGAACCACUAACUCGUGAUACCUUUUACAGUUGUGUGUAGGUUUUUUUAAAUUAAUAGUAGAACAAUUUUUAUCUUUUUAUAUAAAAAAAGCCCUAACUGUUUAAAAACAUAGUCACCUGUAGCUUAUUUCCUUUACUGUAUUGUUAACAGAGGAGGGUGCUCUUUCUGUAUGGUAAACUUUGUGUGUGUGUGUGUGUGUGUGUGUCAUUUUAAUUGCACUUUCAGUGCCUCUUCAAUUUUUUUUUCUGUUUUGUAAGUGCCUUCUCUUCUAAAAUAAAUGUUGUAAUAAAAUA